AUGGCAGAAGCUUCUGGUGGCAGCUCGAAUCAUGUAUCCACGAUCUCAAAUACUAAUACAGAAUUUGAUCGAAAUUUUGAAUCUGUCCUCGAUCAAAGGAUAAACUCGAACUACUGUCGAAUCAAGUCAUGCUCUACCAUAAUCUGCUCGUCCAACCCAGAAAGUUCCGACGCAGGAGCUGUUGCAUCAGACUACAUAGAAACCAUCUUCAAGGCUGAAUGCAAGAAUACCAAGUCCGUCAAACUGUCAUUCGACAGUUGCACAUUCACGGAGAACGCACUUCGAAAGAAUUGGCUGCGCACCAACCUGUCGAUCGAGGAGUUAACGCUCGACAGCUGUUCUCUCCGCGAAAUAGAGGACGACGUUUUCGCCCUGUCCAUUUUCGAGGCGACCAAGAGGAUCGUACUGACGAACAAUAAAUUCACGUCUUUGCGUAAAGCCGUCUUUCGUCACCUGACAACGUUGGAGGAGCUAAGUAUUCGCGACAAUAUCGUCAGUCAGGCUGAAUUUAAUUUACUGGAGACAGUGGCGAAUUCUCUGGUCAUCCUCGAGCUAAAUCGAGCGAUCAACGAUACAGAGGUGCUUCGAAACAUAUUGGGUGGUGGAACGCUUUCAAAAGUUCAAAUACUGUCACUAAGAAGGAACACCAUACCUGUGAUCAGUCAUGAAUUGUUUGUAGGAGUACCAGCUGUCGUGUCCCUCUAUCUUGAAGAUUCGAGAAUCAAGACCGUGUCGCGUAGGGCAUUUGACCCAAUAGCUUAUUCUAUAGAACAAUUAUUUAUAACAGGCAAUAUGAUUACCUCGUUACCAACUGGAUUGUUCGAUUCAAUUCUCCGGGCCAAGAGGAAUUUCAGAAUGGCGAUACACAACAAUCCCUGGAACUGCGAAUGUAACCUGAAAUGGUUGCAAGAUCUUAAGACUAAUAGUCCUAGUAUAUUUAACGAAGACCUAUAUUGUAGCACGCCGGAAAUGAACGCUGGAAAGUCGUUCAAUAGAGCAGAGUUCUGUCCAUCAGAUUCUACUAUUCCCACCACUCUGGUGGAAAACAGUAGCACAGCAUCCACGAAUCACAAUCCAGAACAUCCGACUACGACUGAGAUUUCAGCAACCACAGGAACAGUCGCAUCACCUGUUAUCGCUAUAAACUGUAGCUUCGCCAAAUCUUACAUCCAAAAAUCUUUAUUAUCCACAACGUCACGUAAACUUCUCUCUACCGAUGUUCAACUUCCAUCGCGUCUCACCGAUUUCUUCGUCCUAAAGACCACGGACAGGUACAUCCUGAUCAAUCUCCCGAACCUAGACAAAGCAGCGAAGUUGUUCUGGUUCAACAACGAUGACGUCGAGGGCUCGGUCAGCUGCGCAAAAAACAUCAGGCACGCUUAUCUGGUGCAAAAUAUCGAUCAGCAGACCACGUACACGAUCUGUUUGCUCAGAGAUAACGAGGACACCGUGUCCCCGCUGAAUUGCUUGGCCGUGACUACGGGAUCCGCAUACGAGUCCAGGACUUGGCUGACGAACUCGGAUAAGGCCGAGGCCAUCUCCCUAUUGGCUGUAUCGUUCGCUCUAUUGUUUCUCGUUGGUGUCGUUGUCACCUACCUGGUGAUCAUGAAAUAUCCGUCGUUGCUUCGAUGCAGCAAACGUGUGAUGCUCGUGAAGAAGAAUAACGUGGACGCGAUCGUCCUUCCAAAAGGGGUCCACGUUGACAGGAAGGAGCGGAGAUUCGGAACUGUGACCCCGGCGAAUAAUAAAUUCGAGGAUGGAUAUAUUACUCCCCUACCACCUGUGCCCGUGCCACUUCCUAGAGUAUCGAGGAUCUCGAGAGUAAGCCUCCAAAGCGAUUUGAAUAGUUACGUCUCGGAGCUCGAGGCGACGGAGACCCAGUUGGCUUCUUGGAGACUGACGAGGUUGAACAGCGAACUAGAGAAACAGAAGUCUGAUGCUCCACCUUUACCACCGCACCCUUCGAAUGAGAUACAGUCCCUGUCUCUGGCGGUGGAGUCGAAAGACGAGAAUUUAGAGUAUGACAUCUAA